UAUGUGGCAAUAUGUAGACCACUGGAGUAUCAUUCAAUAAUGACCAAUCAGAGGGUUCUUCAAUGUAUCCUUUUCUGCUGGCUGACUCCGUUUUUUUGCAUGUCUGUUCUAAUUAUAUUAAUUGCUAGACUCACUUUAUGUGACUCUACUAUUGAAAAGUUAUACUGUGAGAUUUGGGCAGUUGCAAAACUUUCAUGUUUUUCCACAACAUUAAAUAAUGUGUUUGGGUACAUUGUUAUUCUUGCAUACUUUGCACAUGCAGUAUUGAUAUUUUGCUCAUACAUUCACUUGAUUAAAAAGUGCAUGAAGUCAAUAGAGAGCAGGCACAAAUUUAUACAAACAUGUGUACCACAUCUGCUUUCACUGAUCAACGUGACUACUGCAUUGUUAUUUGAUGUACUGUACAGUCGUUAUGGCUCAAAGAAUUUGCCACAAGGUGUGCGUAAUUUCAUGGCCCUGGAAUUCUUACUCGUACCACCCAUUUUAAAUCCACUUAUUUAUGGUCUAAAUCUGAAAACAAUACGACAGCAAGUUAUUAGACUGUUUUUCAAGAAGCAAGUGGGAAUAUCUGAGUGA